CUUUCUCUAAAACUCAAACCCUCUUUCUCUCACUAAAAAUCCACCACCUUCUCUCUCCGCUUUCUCUCUCUACCUUGGACCCCUUCUCUCUCCUCUGACACCACCACCCCAGUUCUGUUUUCAGUUAUCUAUCCCCCCCUGUUUCUCUCACUAAAAAACCACCACCACCACCAACACCAACUCCUUUUCUACAACCUGCUUUCUCUCUCUUCCUUUGCUGUUCAUUCAUCAUGGAUUCCAUUAAUGCAGAAAAGCUCAAGGCCAUGAACAAGUACAAGAGGAACCAAUUCGUUGGGGGACUGCUGUUCUACCCUGUCUGUGCCGUUUUGCUUGGCCUUCUUCUCUCUAGCCCACUGUGGCUCCCUUCUCUCUACCGCUAUGCGGCUCUCUUCCUCUUUGUUCUUCUCCCAAGGCUCACGAACUUUGUGAUGAGCCCGGGUUUCUUGUUUGUGCUCUGUAAUGGCAUAGUCCUCUUCCUCUUUGGUGAAUCCAGGCUUGUUGGCUCAUCCAAUGGGAAACCAGACCUCUAUGAGGAGUAUAUCAAGAGAAAUCAAAGCUUCAUUAGAGCCUCUUCCACUGUUGUGGAGAAAGUUAGAGAGAAAAACACCGAGAAGGUGAUUGGGCCGGCUGCCACUGAGGUGAUUUCCGUCGUGGAGGUCUCUAAGAUUGCAGAGAGAGAAGAAGAAGAGAGAGAUGAAGAGGAGGUUAAGAGGGUAACUGAUGAAGGUGAGGGAGAAGAAGAGAGUGGGUUGCCUACAGAUGAGCUGAACAAGAGGGUUGAGGAUUUCAUUGCGAGGGUGAACCAUCAAAGGAGGCUCGAAGCUAAGAAGCUCCUUAUUUGCAGGGCAUGAGAGAGAGAGAGAGUUACAGAUAGAAAGAGGAAGAAGAAGAAGAAGAAGAUUAUGGAUGGUUUAUUUAUUGCAAUUGUGGAUUUGAGGUGACUGUAAAUAUAUAUCAGAUGAUUUAUCAGUCCAUGAAUCCCUGUCUCCUCUCACUGUACAUGAGAUCUCUGCAGACAACGAAGCUUUCUGUAAAUGUAAGUUAGAGAGAAAAAACAAGAGGGAGAAAAUAUUUAACUAAUAUGGUUAUUCAAAUGUAAUAUUUUGGAUAUCUAAUUUUCCUUUUCAUUAGAAGCAGAUGAUUGUUUCUCUUUGAAAGCA